GUACGGACACAUAUGAGCAUCGCGGAGGGAGAUUUGAGUGGUUUGAUUUAGAACUCAGACGCUUUUAUAUUAAAAAAUCGUCAGUACAGACUGUCAAUGGAGCUCGAUAAAGACAUCCAGACAACUCAAAGAGGGUUUCACUGCAACCUUUGCCAUGUUAAUAUACCCAACAAACCGAGUCUGGAAGAUCAUGUUAAAGGGAAGAAGCACCAGCAUCUGCUGCGGCUCAGAGCACAGCGUAAAUCUCAGGAGGAGAACAGUGUGUUUGUCAGCGGCUUUAAGCCCGACACCUCUCAAACCGACCUGAAGGAGUAUUUCACACAGUUUGGACAGGUGUCUGAUGUCAUCAUGGACAAGGAGAAGGGUGUGUAUGCCAUAGUUGAAUUUGCUGAGCAGCAGAACGCCCAGGCAGCUUUAGCACAACUACAACAUCAGCUCAGUGGUCUCAAGCUGCGCGUUAAGCCCAGAGAGAAGAAAGAAUUCAAACUGGCCAGCAGAGGAAGACAAGACUCCAAACACCAGAUCAGCUUGGACAAACUCAACUUUGAGCUCUGCAAAGCCACAUCUGUAAAUGAGCAGAUGCAGAAGGUGACGGAGAAUUUUGAGUUGAAAGACAAUGAAAAGAAGGUGCGAGAUCUUCUGGUUCAGCUUCUACAGGAAGUCUUCACAGAGUUCUUUCCAGAUUGCAAGAUUGUGCCAUUUGGCUCCUCUGUGAACACAUUUGGGAUUCACUCCUGUGACCUUGAUCUGUUUCUCAACCUGGAGAACACCAAAGUCUUUCAAGCUCGCGCAAAGUCUUCUGAACAGACAGGAGAGAAUCCAUCUGAGGACUGCCGUUCUGAAGACUCCAUUCUGUCUGAUAUAGACCUGUCCACUGCCAGUCCUGCUGAAGUUUUGGACCUGGUGGCAGCGAUUUUGAGGAAGUGUGUUCCAGGCAUUCACAAAGUACAGACACUCAGUUCUGCCCGUCUUCCUGUCGUCAAGUUCAGUCAUCGAGAGCUCAGUCUCCAAGGAGAUAUCAGCAUCAACAACAGAUUGGCGGUGAGAAACACUCGAUUUCUGCAGUUGUGUUCCGGCAUUGACUCCAGACUCCGACCUUUAGUCUACACCAUCAGAUUAUGGGCCAAACAGAAACAGUUAGCAGGAAACCCAUCUGGUGCUGGACCGUUGUUGAACAAUUAUGCUCUUACGCUGCUGGUGAUCUUCUACCUGCAGAAUCGAGACCCUCCUGUACUGCCCUUGGUGAACCAGCUUAAGAACAUGGCCUGUGAGGAAGAAGAGUGUAUUAUUGAGGAAUGGGACUGUACUUUCCCAAGUCAACCCUUUAGUGUACCACCCAGCAAAAACACUGAAGACCUGUGCAUGUUGCUUUUUGGCUUUUUCACCUUCUACUCAAAGUUUGAUUUCUCUGCUUCGGUGGUGUCUCUGAGAGAUGGCCAUGCGCUUCCCAUCACAGACUUCCUCCGAAGGGACGAGGAAGCUGUAGACACAGCAGAGGCCUCUAGCCCUAAACCGAAGCGCUCAACAGUCCCUAAACUGGGGCCUAUGAAUGUCCUCGACCCAUUUGAGCUGAACCACAAUGUGGCUGGGAACCUCAAUGAGCGAACACAAAAGAACUUUACGAAAGAAUGCUGUGAGGCUGAGAAAUACUGCCGCAGUUUGCAGUACCAGCGCAAAUCGACAAAGGGAAAAUCCUGGGGCAUCGUGCGGCUCUUUGCACCACCCAGUGAAGCUGGGCCGCGGUCUCAGGUCAUGACUGAGAAAAUUAUGGAGGUCAGCAUCCCGUUCAAGGCAGACAUUCUGCCAGAACCCUUGCGUGCUCAACUGGCAUUGGCUGGAAAUAGUUUUAGGGGUCUCUGGUUUGCGAAGGUCUGCUCUGCUGUGAAUUCAGUGUUUAAUGAAAUUUUACAAUGUUCACCCUCAAAGGAGAGUCAAGAGACAACCACGUGUCAAAGUCUGGACAAAGUAGAAGGAGAUGGGAAUGAAACCGAGGUGAAUAAUAACCAGACAAUUGAAGAUAUUGGUCCUCAAACCCAAGGUCAAGCUGGUAAGAAAAGGCCUCUAACAAUGGAAGAGGGCCCAUCGACCUCCACUUUUAUACAACCUAAAAAACAGAGACUAGAUGUUGAUUUGGAGAACCCAGAGGCAGUCCACUGGAGUUGGACUCAAAGACACUGCGUUUGGGCGGGCCGACGCAAGGUCCGGAGAGAUCUCUUGAAGACCAGCGAUGAGACCUCAAAGCCUGAAGGGGGUUGCGUUGACAUUGAGAGCAGGGUGACCCGGAGCAUUGUGGAAAAAGAGGAGAAACUCCAGGAAUUGCUGGAAUUCAAAGUGGAUGCAGAAGUUGUUGGUGGGAAUGAAAGUACCAAGGUGCUGCUCCGGUUAAACCCCAGCCAUGAUCAAGCAGGCAUCUUCCAAGACUUCUUCCAUUUUCUAGAGUCCUUCCUGCCCAAAAUGACAGAAACACUUCUAGGAAGGACCGAGGAUGUUACGGAAUUGCCAUAAUUUCUUUGUUGUUAAAAUUAAUAAUUAAUACUGAAUUGUUGAAUUGUUAAAUGUGCAAGAAAAAAAAAAGAUUAUCAAGUAGUGCUCAGAGGUUUGUCAUCUGCAAACCCUUUAAACAUAGAAAAGAAUUAUACAUUUGUGAUUAUUUUAGAGAACUUUGAGAAAGUUUAUGUGCUUAUUUCUUUGCUUUAUGGUUUCUCAGAAUUGGUUAUAAAAUAGUUUACUGAUCGAAUUCAGUUUGUGUUUGUUUGUUUGCUUGUUUCUUCUUGGCAUUUUUGCCUCAUGUAAAUCCUAUGAACGUGAAGCAUCAUAUUAAAGUGUAAAAUGUA